GUGUGAUGUACCUCCACCUGUGCGGCCUGUGUAAUGGGCAGGUGGGCGCAGCGUGGGGGUAAUGACCAGCUUUCCAGAAUAUUCCGGAACUGCCGAGGCCGGACGUGGAGCUGAUGUCCCCUUCGUCCACUCUUACCCCUCUGAAGGAAACAUCUGGCUCCAAUUAAAGUCGUCUCCACCCUCCUCUGCUCCUUCACCUCCCCCCCAUGGUUCUUUUAUUAUCCUUUUCAAACUUCUCUCUCUGAUUUAGUCUCCGCCUACUCUGAGCAAAUAGGCUCCUCCUCCUUGUCCUCUUCCUCCUUUUCCCUCUCACCUCGUCUGUCCUGCAGCAGACCUCCUAACUUCAUCACAAUGCAUGCUUUCUGCAUCUGCGGACUCCUGCUCGCCGCAGUGGGAUGGACGACGGCCCAGCAGGUCAACCAAACCAGGCCCGUGUUCCUGUGUGGAGGAGACCUGGUUGCAGAAUCCGGUUUUGUCGGCAGUGAAGGUUUCCCGAGCUCCUACAAAGCCAACAGCAGAUGCACCUGGCGCAUCACCGUCCCUGAGGGAAGAGUGGUCACGCUCAACUUCCGCCUGUUCGACCUGGAGGCCGACUCACAGUGCCGCUACGACUAUCUGGACGUGUACGGCAGCCACUCGGCGCUGGGGAAGAAGCUGGGCCGUUUCUGCGGAACCUUCCGGCCCGGGAAUCUCAUUUCCUCCACAAACACCAUGAUGCUGGAGAUGGUGACAGACGGGGAGACGCAGAGCACUGGAUUUGUGGCCUUUUUCAAAGCCACCCAACCCUAUGAAUCGCAGAUCUGCGGUGGAAAGAUGACAAAAAGCCAAGGAGAGAUCAAGACGCCAAACUGGCCCGACGGGAAGUACCCUCUCGGGGUCAGCUGCUCCUGGCUGGUCACCGUGUCGCCCGAUGAGGUGAUCCAGGUGAAGUUUGAGAAGUUCGUGCUGGAGGGCGACAGCGAGUGUCGCUUUGACUUUGUGGCGUUCUUCAACGGCAAAGAUACAGACGAUUCACGUCUGAUUGGGAAAUUCUGCGGCGAUCAAACCCCAGAAACCAUCAUCACCAGCACCAACGAGCUGCUGGUCCAGUUUGUGUCCGACUACAGCGUCCCAUCAGACGGCUUCCUCGCCUCCUACACCAGCCUCCCCCGUGGCUCCCAACCCCCCGCGGUGGGGUCCGGAGCCAGACCUGUCCCCUCAAAACCUGUUGUUAGACCCGUCGCCACGGUGAAACCUCCCAUCCCCACCACCACCACCACUGCCCCACCUCCCCCCACCAAGCCCGUAAGAACCAAUCAGAGAAACAGAGGUCAAGACCGAAGGGUGACCCCCCCCAGGCCAAACGGGAAGAAGCCCAAUCCUCAGAACCCUCCGUGUCCCAAAACCUGCAAAAGAAACGGAACCGUGAAGACCAGCUUCUGCGCCAGUGAAUUUGUGAUAACAGGUCAGGUGACCUCCAUGGGUCCCGGGCCCAGAGGAACUCUGGUCAUCAAUGUCACCCUCAUUAAAGCUUUUAAAGCAGGACGACUUACCAUCACGCAAGUGGGAGAAACCAUGGCGGUGAAGCUGGUGUCCCGGUGCAAGAAAUGCCCCCUGUUCCGCCGAGGUGGCAGCUACAUCAUCAUGGGUCAGGUGGACGAGGAGGGGCGCGGCACGCUGGAACCUGGUGCAUUCACGGCUCCAUACAAAGCUCCUCACCAGAACUUACUGAUGAACAUCAGCCGGCAGCCGUGUUAAAGGCUCACUUUGAAGCCACGUGUAGGUCUAAAUACUUAAACUGUACUUUGAUUUUUAUUUUCACACAGUUUUAAAUGAGCUGUUUUAUACAAAGUUUGGUCAAACUUUAUGUUUGCUAUUUAUACCUGAAUAAAGACUUUUUAUAUUCCUUUAACAAACUCU